GAGGGCAUUUUGAGUGAGCUUCAAUCAAAGCAUCGGCUUAUGGUAAAAGAGCUACCAGCUGUCGCUCUAUUCAGUUGGUGAUGCUCGCUUAGACUUAAUAAUAUUCCUAUUCCUGGUGAAAAUCAGAAGAAGGAGAAGAAAGAAAUAAGCUGAAAUGUUUCCAGUGGGAUUAAUGCGUGUUGGAUAUCGAGAGUAUGACGUUGGAGUGCUAUUUUUAAUUAUCUCGAGUCAAUUCGUGAUUUCGUUUACAACCUCGUCAACGUCCUCUCCGAAAACCACAAACACUGCGGAGAUUUCAUCCAGAAAAACGACCAGAUAUGUUUCCACCAUCCGAAAAAGCCAACAAGCAAACAAUUCACAUAUAUCUGGUUUUACGACGACCUUUUUUCCGACAUCAGUGAUAGAAAAUCGGAAUUCUGUAAAUGCAAGUUUGGUCAAGAGACGUCGAUGUUCCCGCGAACGUAACGAGGACUGUCCUAAAUUUGUCGAUAGAUAUUCGUCAUUUUAUCUUAAGAUCGGAGGCUGGUUAAUGCUGGGUAUCGUUUUGGCGGGAAUCACGGCGCUCGGUGUCACGCACUUCUUGGGGAUGAGAACAAUGCACAGACCAAGGAGAAGAGAACUGUCACGCAUUUUGUGGGUUGAAGCUCGUACAAAGUCUAAACUGGCUAGAUUUGUUUGACAGAAGUAUCUGGAAAAAAAUAAAGAAAACUUGUGCAUGGCCAUCCGGAAAAGAAGCAGAAAUUAUAGAAAAAAACAGGUACUGGUUGUUACCAUUGUAAUUCCCUACAAGUGGAAAAUUUGAGAAAAGAACUAUCUUAUUUCAUCGUAAAUGUAGACUGACGGAAUGUUACCUCAUUCGUCUCUUGUUAAACGUAGUCGUUGGCAAGGGAGAAAGAGAGGCUGAAUGGAAUACCACGACAGGGCUUUCAAUGGGAUAAAAAGAAACUUUUGAAGUAUUUAUAUCAAUGGAUACCCUGUAAUGCAAUCUUCAAGCUGAGAAAAACUUUUUUAUUAGGCUUCUUUUCAGCAGCUGCCAAAACUGCAGUUUACCGGAAAAGACCAUGGCUAAAAUUAUUAUUUUAAAACAGAUAAGAGGUGUACAAUGGUAAAUUACAGCUUUCUCUGUUUGUUAACUGAUUGCAUGCACUGACCCUUAUUAACAAAAUAUGUCAACCUAGAUGGGUCACCAAAAUUUGGAAUCAACGCGACGUUUAAGAGCCAGAACGAUUUCUAAAAAGGUACUCGAAUGAAACCAGUUCAUGGAAAACAAAUAAAUAGAGCUGCUUCCUAUCAAAAUGUAGCCGUAGAAUGAUUAAAACUGUAACAUUCUUAUGUUUCACAUCGCGGUGAAAGCCAACAAUUAUUGAUGAUAAAAUUUUAUGGUCUGUCAUUCGUGGUGUGGAUCGCGCCUUAUUGACAACAUAUGUACGGCUGAAGAAAACUAACAGCUGUAUCCAUUGGGUACCUCUCCUUAAGAAAUGCGUGAAAGAAAGUCUAAAACUUCCGUGUUAGAACUGACUACAUUGCUCUCAUGCUCAGUUUUGAACAUUAGAAAAUCACGUGUCCUCUUAGAAAGACUUACUCCUUAAAAUGAGAAAGCUGCCAGAGAAAGGAGCAGCAGACUAGUUCAAGUACUUGUUAAAAAUCUCAAUCUCUCUCUCUCUCUCUCUCUCUCUCUCUCUCUCUCUCUCUCUCUCUCUCUCUCUCUCUCUCUCUCUCUCUCUCUCUCUCUCUCUCUCUCUCUCUCUUUCUCUCU